CGAUGCCGCGCUUCCUAAAGGGAAUGGCCUUCGUCCCCUUCCUCCUGGUGACCUGGUCAUCCGCCGCCUUCAUCAUCUCCUAUGUGGUCGCUGUGCUCUCCGGGCACGUCAACCCCUUCCUCCCCUACAUCAGUGAUACAGGAACAACACCUCCAGAGAGUGGUAUUUUUGGAUUCAUGAUAAACUUCUCUGCAUUUCUUGGUGCAGCCACGAUGUACACAAGAUACAAAAUAGUGGAAAAGCAGAAUCAAACCAGCUACUUCAGCACUCCUGUCUUUAACCUGGUGUCCUUAGUUCUGGGAUUGGUGGGAUGUAUCGGAAUGGGCAUUGUUGCCAAUUUUCAGGAGUUAGCGGUCCCUGUGGUCCAUGAUGGCGGUGCCCUUCUGGCCUUUGUCUGCGGUGUGGUGUACACACUCCUGCAAUCCAUCAUCUCCUACAAGUCAUGUCCCCAGUGGAACACCCUCUCCACCUGCCGCGUACGGAUGACCAUCUCUUUCAUUUCCUGCGCAGCUGUCAUCCCCAUGAUUACCUGUGCUUCACUGAUUUCCAUAACCAAGCUGGAGUGGAAUCCCCAAGAAAAGGAUUAUGCAUAUCAUGUGGUGAGUGCGAUCUGUGAAUGGACAGUGGCCUUCGGUUUUAUUUUUUACUUCCUAACGUUCAUCCAUGAUUUCCAGAGUGUCACCCUGAGGAUAUCCACAGAACUUAAUAAUGACAUCUGAAGAAAGAGGAAUGGUAUCUUACUCGUUGCAAGUCGCAGACAGUUUCUAGAUGUGGCACAGGGGACAGAUAGGGUAUGAAUGCUGCCCUGUAGCAAGCAGGCAUCUGUGGCACAUCCAGGACUUGAAUUUCAUGAAGAAUUCCCAAUAGUUGUCCUAUUUCCAAAGGGAUGUUUUCCUAGAGAAUGUAGAGCACUUAUGACCUAGCAAUGUUUUUAUAAUUUUCUAAACUGGUACUUUUUUUAUAUUCACAAGUUCAUUACACAAAAGAUAAGGUGUUAC